GAGGUUGAUUUUGAUGCAUCUUCAGCAACAUGUUUUCAGCUCUUUGAGGGCAGUCUGUAUGCUUGAUUUUUGGAUCCAUCUGGUUAUAAUUGCAGGCAAGCCCCACCCUAAAAACAUUUUAAAAGCAAAAACAUGAAAAACAGAUAUGAAAGUAUUAAACUAAAUAUUAAAUGGACAAUCCCAUAUAUUUAAGCAGUGUUUGCUACAGUUACAAGUGAAAUCUUUAUUAUUUUUACGGAUUUUUCAGCAUCAUCAUCGGCCAUUUCCUGCAAAUGGAACAAAAGGCGACUGUUCUCGUCCACUGUAGACUUUAAGUUGGCAUUUCCUGGCAUGGCAGCUCGGGGGUUAAACGUGUCUCCUCCCCUCUCUGCUGGCCAGACGGUGACGAGCUCAGGUGACAGUUCACCGUGCAGACUCACAGUGCAGACUCCGGGCAUCUCGAAGCAUCAUACAAAUGUGGGUGGGGUCCCUUUGAUGCGCAACCAGACAGCAAUGUGCACUCCACAGAAAAGCAACAAAAAGUCCAUUUAAACUUCAGUAAGAACCAAACAGCCUGCAGGAGGAGAAGGGGGUAGGGGUGUGGGCUCUGUUUUUUUUUCUCUCUCAGGCAAAGAUUAGGGAGGUAUAGAAUUACAUAAAGCUAUAAGGAACCCUGACUGGACAAAAACUGAAAAGGUACAGGGGGAAGUCUUCGAGUCGUGAGUAGGACUUUCAUUUACACAUUCUCCCCUUAUUGUGGGUUUUUUUCUUGUGCAUCUCUUCCACUACGCAUCUUAUCAUCAUGGCAUGGCCGUGCAUAACGCGUGCUUGCUGCAUCAACCGCUUCUGGACCGAGCUGGACAAAGCGGACAUCGCGGUGCCUUUGGUUUUCACCAAAUACUCGGAUGUGGCCGACGUGCAGCAUAUCCCCCAUCACCCGCAGCCGAAGCAGAAGAGGGCCGGUGCCAUUGCCAUAGAAACCCAGCCCCAUCACGGCGAGCAGGAGGCUGGGAAGGCACCGCCCGCGACGGGUGCCGCAGCGGGCAAAGAUGGCUCUACUGCGUCCGUCAUGCGCCAAGACUUCAAGGCGUGGAAAGUGCGCCCCGAGCCCAGCUGCAAGCCCAGAAAUGAAUACCAUCCCUCCGUGACCCCGUUCAACACCGAAACUCAGUAUCAGAAGGAUUAUAAGCCCUGGCCUAUAUCGAAGAAGCACGAUCACCCCUGGAUCCCCAAACCAAGCCCCACCGCCACCUCCGGCGGGCGAGAUGGGAGCGCAAAGCUGGAACAAGGGGCCGUCGAGGCCGAGACCGGCGUGGAGAAGAGCGAGAUUGAGGAGAAAAUGCAGGAGAAAGAGGCCAAAGUAGAGGCCAAAGCAGAGGCUAAGGAGACGGUGAAGAAAGCCGCAAAGAGGGAAAAGUCAUCGGAGAGGAAAACGGGUGAGAAGACGGAGGCACAGGUGCCUGCAGAUGUGAGCGCCGAGCAGAGGAGAGGCAGAGCAGCGGCAGAUGCUCUCAACAGACAGAUAAAGGAGGUUAUGUCGACUUCUAGCAGCUACAGGACCGAGUUCAAGGCGUACAAGGAUGUGAAGCCAGUGAAGCCCAUCAAAGCUCCAUCUCAGUUUAAACCCCCUGAAGAGGAGACCAGUCUGGAGACCAGCUACAGUGCCACAUACAAGGGGGAGCAGGUGAAGGUUCUCUCUACUGACAACAAGAUGAAAGAGCGCAGGAGGAUACGCAGCCUGUACAGUGAGCCAGGCAAGGAGCCCACCAAGGUGGACAAACCAGUGUCUCGCACCAAACCAAAAAAGACACCAACAACAACAACAGGGAAGAUGGUGAAAAAAUCAAAAGAGAAGCAGAUUGCUAGUUCCCAGUCGGCCAAGAAGAAACCCUCUUUGAGCACCCCAGAACCUACACCACAGGGAGCUGUCACAAAGAAGAGCAAAGAGAUAAGCAAUAGACUGGCUGAAGCAAAGCAGUAAAAGUUACAUCUCUGCAUCGUGUCGUUUAUUUUGCAAAAUCAAAGGCUACUUGACAAACGAGGCAAAUCUCUUCCCUUUGGUUUAUUUCCUUACCUGUUGUCUUUGCCAUCUUGUCAUUUACUGUUCACCUCUGAAUGGGCACUAAUGUUGAGCUUUUAGAAUAAUGCAAAUAAUUUCACUGUAAACUGAGUGUGUGCGUGUGUGUGUGUGUGGAAGUGUGUGUGUGUGAAAGUUUGGGAUCCCUUGUAUUUUGGUGCACAGAACCGCUUUAUAUUAUUGAGCACAUAAUUUGCACAUGGUUUAUAUGAGUUCUCUUUGACAUCAAACUAUAAAAAAGAGCCAUUGGUACAUGUGUAGUAUGUGUACGAAAGGGCAUUUUUACCUUUGUCUGAAUGGAUGUCUCCUGACAGCUGAGAUCAAUAUUAAAAUGAUUGUAGGAAAUGUUAAAGGGACGCUUUCUCUCUGAGACAGUAUCAAAUGUGAGGUUUUGUGAAAAUACAAAAUCUGUUUUACGGUUGCGUUUCCUAGUUACAGUGCCUCCGCUGUAUGGUCCUGGUUUUCAUUUCAUUGUUCUGGAUGAUAUCUGGUUUCAUCAGUUUGGUUGCUAAGAAACCAAAUGAACUGUAAUAUAAUUGCUACAGUCUGCAUGCAAGACCCCGUUUUUGGUUGAGUAGCAACAUUUUAGCAGACUAUAUGUCACAGUCACAUUCUAGCUUGUAAAUUGAGCCAUUUAAGAUAAAUGUAUAGGGGAAAGCCCUUUUCAAAUAUGCAUGCGUAGUAGUAGAUUCUGGUCACACCUACUAACAAAGAUACACACAGUUAACAGUAAAAUACAUAGUCUAGUGGCUGUAAAAGCUGUAAAAUAAACACACCAGCAAUAUGGUUUCACCCACAAUAUUUCUUGCAAUCUAAAUAGAGAUCCACUCCUUUAAAUGACUAGGAAUACUGCAGUUUUUAUGAUGACUCAGUAUUGUGUGGCAUUGUACUCCAUCCUAUCCUUUGAGCUGUUACGCUGUAAUUGUGCUACACAAGAAAAAAAAUGCAUAUAGGCUUGAAAAAGCAGAGUCUAUUGUAUUUAGUCAGUACUUCUCACUUUCAAUGGGCUGAUCACUCCAGGUGUUGAAGGACAAGGAAUGGGCCAGGACUUGAAGUUCAGCUCUAUAAAAUGCUGCUGUCUGAAAAAUCGCAAAUCACAUCUGUUCGUCGUGCGUUUGACAUGAGGCGUUUUUACUAAAACGUCCUCACAGCCUUCCCUUUCUGGUUGUCGUCUACCGUGAUACCCUCAGCGGCCAACUUGGCUGCUGUAUGUGAGGGCCCAGUCAAGCACUAGCCAUGCACCGUGAGUCUGCUUCCAGUUUUAGCUUCUCUUUGUGUGUGAGUGUGUGAGGGAUGGGAGUUUUUUUUGUGUCUGACCUCUACAGCCUGCUGCCUGCUAAGCAUCAAGUCUGAUCCCACCACUAGAAGUGCUGCUAUGCACUCCAACACCCUGGUGCUAUAUCUCUCAUCCUAUAUGCUGUCUGGUUUGGACUGCGUGUGGCAUCAGACCAGAGUGAAAUGAUGAUAUGACAAUGUCAUACUGCUGCAGACAUGUUGUGGUAUUGUGCUUGUAUUCUCAGCUUGCUCUGAAUGAACUCUGAUUAAAAUGAUGAUACAGAAUUGUGUGUUGUGACUUAUUUCACCC